AUGCAUGGCCAGGCAGCAGCACCAAGGGUGAGUCCAGGCCCCGGGCUGCCCCUGCGCGCUGACAUGGCCACGGGUGUCAUCCGGCCCCUGGCCGGGCUGCGGCUGCCCUCGCCCUUCCCACACGGCCUGCUGCUGCCCACACGCCCCGAACCCGACUUCCCCGACCUCUCUGAGGAGGAGGAGGAGGAAGAUGACGAAGAGGAGGAAGAGGAAGAUGAAGAGGAGGCAGCAGAGGACAGCACCAGCUGCAGCGGGCUGGAGCUGGCCGGCCCAAACGCUGCUGAGACCACCCUGCGGCUCCUCCGGUUUUCGGAGCUCAUCAGCUGUGACAUCCAGCGGUACUUUGGGCGGCGGGGCCAGGAGGAGCCUGCCGGCGGCCGCGGCACACCCGAGGACUGCAGCUCGCCCCGGUGCGCCGCCCGCGAGCCAGGCGCCGCCAGCCUGCCGUGUGCAGCACAGGGCAGCCAGCCCCAGCCCGAAGCAGUGAUGGCACGGGGCGGCCCCGGGGCCACGCACAGGCUGGGGCCGCUGGCCGAGCUCUUUGAGUACGGCGUGCACCGGUGCCUGCCGCCCCGGGGGGCCGGUGGCAAGACGCAGCGGCUGGAGAGGAAAUACGGCCACAUCACCCCCAUGCACAGGAGGAAGCUGCCACCUUCCUUCUGGAGGGAGCCAGGCCCUGGCCCUGCCGGCCUCCUCCACGCCGGCACCCCCGACUUCAGCGACCUCCUGGCCAACUGGACGGUGGAGCCGGGGCCGGAGCUGCCGGGCGCUGGGCGGGAGCUGCUUCCUGAGCCGGGCCGCCUGGGGCUGGAUGCUGAGCCCUUUGUCGGGCUCUGA